AUGGCUGUCCCUCUCAGAGCUCACGCCCGUGUGAAGAAUUUGGCCGUGGAAGCAGGAGUCCUCACUGGGAAGGAGAGCAACGUGCUGCAGCCUGAGGCCCACGUCCACACAACCCCCGGGGAGGAGGGCUCCCCAGGGGCUCUGCUGCUCGGCAAGCCCCCAGAACCUUUGUCUGUGCCCCGCACUCCAGCGACCUUGGAGCAGCAACUGAUGGUUUCUCUUUCUGGGGAGCCCCACGGGCCCCCUGCCCUGCCCAGCACAUGCUCAACUCUGAUCCUCCAGCCCUGUGCCACCCUUGACCCUCUUCUACUGCAGCCACAGGCCCCCAAAGCGUCGGACCAGGCUGCGAUUUCUGCCUCCUUAGAGUGGCAGCGGAAGCUGGAGGCCGCCGAGGCUCUGCUGACCCUGAGAGACUCCUCCCAGGCCCCUUCUGACUCCACCUCCGUGAACCAGCCCUGCGUCCCACCAGGUAGCUUGCUCCUUGGAAGGAGAACAUGA